GCUUUCUUGAUCAUGGAUGGUGAAGAUAUACCAGAUUUUUCAAGUUUAAAGGAGGAAACUGCCUACUGGAAGGAACUUUCCUUGAAGUAUAAACAAAGCUUCCAGGAGGCUCGGGAUGAGCUAGUGGAAUUCCAGGAGGGGAGCAGGGAGCUGGAAGCAGAGCUGGAGGCACAGUUAGUACAGGCCGAGCAGAGGAACAGAGACCUGCAAGCUGACAACCAAAGACUGAAGUACGAAGUGGAAGCGUUGAAGGAGAAGCUAGAGCACCAGUACGCGCAGAGCUACAAACAGGUGUCGGUGCUGGAGGAUGACCUGAGUCAGACCCGGGCCAUAAAGGAGCAGCUGCACAAGUACGUGCGGGAGUUGGAACAGGCCAACGACGACCUGGAGCGCGCCAAGCGGGCAACAAUAGUUUCACUGGAAGACUUUGAACAAAGGCUAAAUCAGGCCAUCGAACGCAAUGCAUUUUUAGAGAGCGAGCUUGACGAGAAGGAAUCCUUGUUGGUGUCCGUCCAGCGGUUAAAGGAUGAAGCAAGAGAUUUAAGACAAGAACUGGCAGUCCGGGAAAGACAACAGGAGGUAACCAGAAAGUCGGCCCCCAGUUCUCCGACCCUUGAUUGUGAAAAGAUGGACUCUGCGGUCCAGGCGUCACUUUCUUUGCCAGCCACUCCUGUUGGCAAGGGCACGGAGAACAGUUUUCCUUCACCAAAAGCUAUACCAAACGGUUUUGGUGCCAGUCCGCUUACUCCUUCUGCUCGGAUCUCCGCGCUCAACAUCGUGGGGGACCUCUUACGGAAAGUUGGGGCUUUAGAAUCCAAAUUAGCAGCUUGCAGGAAUUUUGCAAAGGACCAAGCAUCGCGGAAAUCCUAUAUUUCAGGGAAUGCUAACUGUGGGGUCGUGAAUAGUAACGGCACGAAGUUCUCUCGAUCAGGACAUACGUCUUUCUUUGACAAAGGGCAAGAAAAGGUCAUAUUUCCCACGUUGUUCAUGGGUAACUGAAUUUGUUUGCUGUGCUCUUUCUGCUUCUCUCUCCAUCCCGGUGUGUGGUGCAGGACCCACUAACACACUCAUUUCACUAACGCAUGGGGCUGACUCUGCUCUAACCGACUUACAGCCCCAGAGUGAGCGCUCAGGCUCCGGUCCGAGCCCGCUCCCUGCCCUUGCUGCUGCUUCAGCCGCGCACCUCAGAGGCAGCUCGUGGUCUCAGGCCCCGGGCAGGGUCGGAGCGGGGGGUGGCGUAGCUAGCCGGCCUGGCAGUGCUCCUGGUCCGGGGUCAGCGCUGUAGCGGUGACACUGCCGGGGGUCCUGGCGUGGGGGUCGUGCGUUGCUGUCAGGCCCCGGAAUCCCAUUUGGCUUGACAUCCUGGGAGACGGGGCUUCUUCCUGCUGCCCAGAGUCUUCUGUUUGGUCAAGGUGGGCGCCGGUGGUAAUGGAGCCUCACCGCCCCUCGGGGACUCUGCCCUCCUGCUCACUCUUGGAUGCCCUGCGUACAACGGGACGGUAGAGGGAGACGUGUGUGCACGUGUGUGUGUGAGAUCUGCCCUUCCAGGAGUGCGCAUUUCCGUCUGCAGCACGGGCUGGAGCUUGUCUGAGCAUCUGCUGCUCCAUCUCCCUAGGCCGGCGGGCCGGGUGGGGCUCUGCCUGCGCUCCCCACGCCUGCUCUGACCUUCUCGCGUCCUGUCUGGGCCGCACGCGGCUGCACUGGCCCUUGCUGCCGGGCGGGAUCUCGUCUCCAUGCCCUGCUCCGGCACCGAGGCUUCCUGUCCCACUGACAGCUCUGUCCCGCUCUCCACGUCGUCUGCCGUGUCACAUAGACCGCAGGCCCUGUGCGUGGCUAGAUCUGCUACUUUUCAGACUCUUGAGGUAGAUUUUGGUGGUAAGAUGAUGACAUUUCUGGAAGCUUCCUGCAUAGAUGAUUCCCCAGAUCUGUCUCUCCCUUCCUGCACGUUCCCCCCUCCACUCAGUCCCGUGUCGUCCACCGGGACAUUUCCCUGUGGCUCUCUUACUGUCCCCUGCAGCACAUGGGGGGAGUGUGGCGGUGUUGCUCCUCUGGAACCCUUUCCCCGUGGCACAGCUUGGCUUUUGCGGGAAGGGACCUCACCAGACAGCUUUUCCCUCUGGCCUUUCCCGUCUCACUCCUCGCCUCAGGACACAGGUGCUGGGUGCGAGCCUGGUGGGUUUUGCUCCCCGGGCUGCAUCUGGCGUUCACUUCAGGAAUUCUCAUUUCGGUCCACGCGGGGAAAUGGCCCGUUGAGUUUCUUUUCUCCUUUUCUCUGCUGGUCGGCGCUGCUGUUUGUCCCCUUAGAGCCGAGCCGCGUCAGAGUUGCCGCAGGAGUUGCGGCUUGUGGAGGGCUGUCAGGUGUCCUCCUGCGGGAGGAGCCUGGGAAGGGAGAGUGGGGCCUGGGCGCCCACUGACUCGCUUGGAGGUGAGCCCAGGCUGGCAUUUGCUUGCUUUGCUCUCUUCGGCCGCAGAGCGAUAGGGGUGAGCUUACCGUGUGUUCAGGUCUGUCCGGCUCGAGACUGCGGGGGUCCCAGCCCCAAAAUCUGCGUGCGUGGGUCCUUCUCAUGGGGCUCUCGCAUCCCCUGUGGAUGGGUGCCGGCUGCUUCCUGGUGCCAGUGGGGCUCGUCCUGCCGGCCAGAGUGUGACGUCCGUGUGUCUGAGGCCGAGGCUGUGCGUGAGGCCCGCCUGGUUCU